UAAAUUUACUCAAGCAUCAUGAAGACCAUCGCAGUUCUCCUCUCCGUCGUCGCCGCUGCUGUGGCCCUUGAGCCUUGCGUCUGUACCUUCGACUACAGGCCAGUCUGUGGAUCUGAUGGUCGUACCUAUGGAAACUUGUGCGGCUUGAAGUGCGAACAGCGCACAGAUGCCACUCUGACUUUGGCCUACCAUGGAGAAUGCAAAGCUGUAGUCGAAAAGAGAUCCGAAGAGCUGUGCGUUUGUACCGAUGAUCUCCGUCCAGUUUGCGGAACCGACGCAGUCACUUACGAUAACCAGUGCCUGUUGGGAUGCGCUCGUCGCAACGACGCCUCCGUAUUUGUGCUUUACGAAGGUGCUUGCAAGAAGUUCCAAAAGCCAGUGUACAUUUGCACUUUGGAGUACUUCCCAAUCUGUGGCUCCGACGGACAUACCUAUGGCAACAAAUGCGACUUCGAUUUCAACAGACGCACCAAAGCCAACCUCCACUUCGUCAAAUACGGAGAAUGUUAAACUGUUUAUCCCAAAUGUAAUUUUAACCUGAAUAAAAUAAAAUCUAAAUAUUGCAUAUUAAA